AUGGUGGAUGCUUUUGCCAAGUACUGCAUCUUGACGCCUAUGAAGUCUGUGACAACUGCAGAGGCGCGUGAAAAGCUGCAGAAUGUUCUAGCGCUGUUUGGAACUCCCAAACGAAUAAUGAUGAACGCUGCUACGUCAUUUAAGAACACCACGUCUCCAAAGUACCUGGAUCGAUGGGGCAUCGAAUACCAUUUUGUAACUCCAGAUGUGCAUAGGGGAACGCUGUAUGCGAACCAUUAG